ACAGCGAAAAACUUAAAGACAGUACUCCAAAAUAUUUAAUAUUAUUAAAAUUAAUAAUAUAAUUAUACAUAAGAUUAAUAAAUAUGUCCGACAUGCCAAAGGAUGAUUUAACCAGUGCGGAAACAUCUAGCAAAAAGCAUGAAGAAUGCAUAGCCAAUGAAGAAUUCUCUGCGCUUCCCGAAGAUUUUUUCUCUUCCAAUCCCAUACCAACAUUCCACCAAAGGAAACAUGAAAUAUUCAAACGAUUACAAAUUCUGAUAUCCGAUUGCAAAGCACGUUACAGUGGUCGAAAAGAAUUGGCUACUGAAACAGAUGAAUGCAUUUCUGAUCUUGUCGCAACUUUAGACAUCGCGUUCCAGUAUGGUAUAAAGCAACAGCAAAUGCCGAAUUUUGUGGUAUCGGCAGCUAGUCUCUUCCAUAACAUGCAGGAAAUUGUUACGGGAUCAAGUCCCAAGGCAACUAACACAACCACAAUUUCCACUGAUACUUAUUUUUGGGAUUUUUGCAAGAAAUUUUUAACUGCUCACGAAAAGCAACGAUUUGAACAGUUAAAGCAGACCUGGACCAAAUGGGGUCGAGGAAAAUCAUUCAUUCGCGCCUCUCUAAAUGAACACUCUCUCCAUAGAUAUAUUUUGACAUGGUUGUCUGAAAAACCACUGCUGUGCAGUUACUACAGCCACUGGUCGCUUUUACUAGAUGAGAAAAUAGCUAAUUCCCUUCCAGAACUAAUAAAAUCAUUGGACCAAGUAUUAUUUGCUUUGACAGUGGACAAAACCGAGCUGAAUUCCCCAAUUAAGAUGUUUGAUCAAAACCAAGAUGUAGCUAAAGAAGAACCUGUUAUCUAUGCCCCAAUGCCCAUAAAAGUUGGUCCCAAAAACAAAGGAAAGUCUAGUAUAGUAGAAAGGCCGAUUGCAACAUUAAAUUCUACUGAAGACUUGCUGAAUAUGAUUCACAAAGAUUCAGUUAAGCGCGAGGAAUAUUUGGUAGAGGAGGAGGAUAUAAUAUCGUUAGAUGAUACACUCCAAACGGAUCCCAUCGAACCAGAACUAGAGUUUCUCAGAGAACCCUUGCCGGAAUUCAAACUUUCUUCGAAUUCCCUUAGCGACGCCGACUGUGCUAUCGAGGCCAAAAGUGAGGCAUCGUCACACUGUAGCAGCAAAUAUUCCAAUAACAACUACAUUCCAGAUCAAUGCAAUGAUGCCACUCACAAGAUACUCGAAGAACAACUUAAAGAAGUUAAUGAAAGAUGUUCUUUGCUUGAAACUAGAGUGGCUCAAUUAAAUUUGGAAAACCGUCAAUUGAUUCGACGGCUAAAAAAGCAUUUUGAAGAUUCCGGCAUUGACCCAUCGUCUUCGUUUGCCACGAAUUUUCUUAUAACAAUACCCAAUGUUAAGCUGAGUAAAUCUAAACAUGGACCUUCCAGCUAUCAUGAAUACGAAAUACAUAUCACAAUGAAACAAAAUCUUGAACACUGGUCGCUGUUGCGUCGCUACAGUGAUUUCAAUAAACUUCACAAAUCUCUGCUGAAAACACAUCCGUGGGUAUCGACCGUGGAAUUUCCUCCAAAGAAACGUUUUGGCAACAUGAAUGCCCGAUUUGUCGAGGAGCGUAGACAGCAGCUGCAAAUUUAUUUAUUGAAUCUCGUCGAAACGUUACCCCAACUAGAGGCUUGCAAAUCCAAAAAUGAACUACAAAAAGUAUUUCCCUUCCUAAAAGAGCGAUAACCCCAUUCUUUAUUUGAAAACAAAAAAAUAAAGAAAAAGACGCCUCAGAGCAAACUCACAAAACUGUAGCAAGCGAUCAUUGUUAGGUAUUUUUUUUUUAUAAAUAUGUAUCUACAAUAUUUAUAUACCUAUGUAGAAAAUUAUUAGAGCUAAGUUCAAUAAAAGGAAUAACUCGAAAGUA